AAAUAAAUUACAAAAGGGCACCACUCCAAAUCACUUAAACAGACAGGAAACUAGUUAGUUUAGCAGCAGACCUUUUAUUCUAGGCACUCCUACUCCAGCAACAACCAACUCAAUUAUUCAAGCUAGCUCUUCAUAUAUAUACAUAAGCCCAAUAAAACGAAGGAAGAUCAGUAAUUAUUCACACUCCAUGGCCUGUAAAUCACACGCUUUUAUCUGCCAUGUAUUCUUCCUUGUGCACAUUUUUGGUCAGCACUGUGCUGCAAUAUCAGAUAACAUAACAAAAGGUAGUAGUUUGAUAAGUGAAGACGAAUCUCUGAUAUCUGCGGGACAAAGAUUCCAACUAGGGUUUUUUAACCUGACUGAUGAUCAAAGAUAUCUGGGUGUGCGGUACUACAAUUUCUCAAAUCCACCAACAAUUGUUUGGGUUGCCAAUCGAGAUACACCACUGCCAGCAUCAGUGACGGGGUAUUUUGGGGUUGGAGAGCAUGGCAACCUCGUGCUGAUGGAUGAAAAAGGAAAUACUUCCUACUUCUACACCGAUCCCCAAAGCUCUCAGCCUUAUUCUGGCACGAUGGUGAAGCUUUUGGAUUCCGGGAACUUGGUUUUAAGUGAUGCUCAAUCUGGAAACACCAUUUGGCAAAGCUUCGAUCAUCCAACCAAUACAUUUCUUCCAGGUAUGAAGAUGGAUGAAAACCUGAAGUUGACUUCUUGGAGAAGUGGUGAUGACCCGGGAACCGGAAACUUUACCUUCGAGAAAGAUAAGGGAGGUGAUUACCUCUACAACAUCCAGAAAAGGUCAAUCACAUACUGGAAAAAUGGAGAGUCAGGUGCAUUCAUCAGCUACAAUGAUAUGAGUGCAUCUGUAGUGCGUUUCUUAUCUAAUUUUACUACUAAUACUUCUAGAUCUAUCAACUAUACAUUUGGAUCAAUUUCGGGUUAUGAUAAUAGGCGGUUGGUGAUGGAUGAUUCUGGGCAGAUACAGUUGUUCAAAUGGGAUAAUAAAAUGAAGAAAUGGUCUCUGAUAUGGUCAGAGCCGAGAGACCAAUGCAGUGUGUAUAAUUAUUGUGGAAACUUUGGCAGCUGCAAUAGUAAGAACAGAUUGGUAUGCAAGUGCUUGCCAGGGUUCAAGCCUAACUUUCCUGAUAAUUGGAAUUCUGGAGAUUUUUCUGGUGGGUGUACUAGAAAGUCAACCACAUGUACUGGGAGCGACGCCUUCUUGAAUUUGACCAAGAUCAAAGUAAAGAACCCAGACUACAAGUACCCUAAUGCAAACUCUGAGGAAGAAUGCAAAGACGAGUGCCUUCACAACUGCCAAUGCUUGGCAUAUUCGUAUGUUGUACCACUAAAUUUGGUACGUGGUAGCAGCAGUGAGAAAGCAUGCUGGAUGUGGACGACCACGAAUGGGGAACUCGGUAAUUUACAGGAGGAGUAUGCUGCUGCUGCCAAUGCUCUCUGUUUGCGUGUCAAGGCUUCCGAUAUAGGAUUAACAACCAGAAACUGUGACACUUGUGGCACAAAUUUUAUUCCCUAUCCACUAAGCACUGGACCGAACUGUGGUGAUUCCACGUACUUCAGCUUCCUCUGCAAUUCCUUGACAGGCCAUCUUAGCUUCCGCACACCCAGGAACAUCUUCCAAGUCACUAGCAUCAAUCCAGAUACAAAUAAAUUUGUCAUUCAAUCAAAAAGUUCUGAGAAGUGUGAGGCAAGAGGUUCAGGAGAAGAGCUACAGCUGAACGCAUCACUUCCCUUUAAUAUCACAGCUGACUGGUGCUACACUGAUCCGGGUUCUCGUAAUUCUCAUAUACCCAUGAAAGGAUGGAAUGAAAUAGAGAUUGCUUGGAAACCACCACAAGAGCCGACCUGUAAUUCAUCCAAAGACUGCAAAGAUUGGCCUAAUUCUAGUUGCAAUAUAACAGAAAAUGGGAACGCAAGGUGCCUUUGCAUUGCAAACUAUCACUGGAAUGGCUCUAGUUUAAAUUGUACUCAAGGAGUUAGCAACAACACUAAGCAACCUGGGGAAUCUGAGCAUAAGGAUGUGUCGGUUUCUUUGAAAUCCGUGAUUAUCUUUGUCAUUGUUAUUGUUAUUGUUGUGGUUGUACUCUUAUGCAGCAUUAGCUACAUUAUAUACCGAAGAAUUUUUGUGGCGAAAAGAGAAGAAAGCAGACAAAGAAUCCAAGGAAAUCCUGUUCUUCACUCGUUUGAUAGUGAAAAACGAGUCAAGGACUUGAUAAGCUCAAGAGAGUUUGAAGAAGAAGAUAAGCAAGGCAUUGAUGUACCUUUUUUUGAUUUGGAAAGCAUACUUACUGCUACAGAAAACUUCUCAGAAGCAAAUAAGCUUGGACAAGGGGGAUUUGGGCCUGUUUACAAGGGUAAGUUUCAUGGAGGAAAAGAAAUUGCCGUGAAAAGGUUGUCAAGCCAUUCUGGACAAGGCUUGCAGGAAUUUAAGAAUGAAGUAGUGUUAAUUGCAAAACUUCAACACAGAAAUCUCGUUAGACUUUUGGGCUAUUGCAUCAAAGGAGAUGAAAAGAUAUUACUCUACGAAUAUAUGCCCAACAAAAGCUUAGAUGCCUUCAUAUUUGAUCCAACGAUCUGCAUGUUAUUGGAUUGGGAGAAACGCUUUGACAUCAUUUUGGGGGUCGCUCGAGGACUUCUUUAUCUUCACCAAGAUUCUAGAUUGAGGAUUAUUCAUAGAGAUUUGAAAACAAGCAACAUUCUAUUAGAUGAGGAGAUGAACCCGAAAAUUUCAGACUUUGGCUUGGCAAGGAUAAUGGGCAGCAAAGAAAUAGAAGCAAACACAAACAAAAUUAUCGGAUCCUAUGGUUAUAUGUCUCCAGAGUAUGCAUUAGAUGGGUUGUUUUCAGUUAAGUCUGACGUCUUUAGCUACGGAGUUGUUUUACUCGAGAUUAUUAGUGGGAAAAAGAACACAGGAUUUUAUCAAUCUGAACAAGCCUCGAACCUUUUAGGUUAUGCAUGGAGAUUAUGGAGAGAGGAUAAGACACUGGAUCUGAUGGAUCAAACGCUGGUUGAAUCAUGUAACAGAAGUGAAGUCCUGAAGUGCAUAAUUGUUGGGUUAUUAUGCGUACAAGAAGAUCCUGGUGAUCGUCCCACCAUGUCAAAUGUACUUUUCAUGCUGGGAAGUGAAAUUGCAACUCUUCCAAAUCCUAAACAACCAGCUUUUGUUGCAAGGAGAAAAUUUACUACCACACCUUCUUCUUCUUCCAGUAAACCAGAAACUCUCACCAAUAAUGAGUUAACAGCCACUCUAGAAGAAGGCCGCUAGGGAACAUUCUCUUUAUCCGGAAAUAUCUUUCUAUAACACUGUUCAUUUGGUGUUAAGAAAUUUCAAUCUACAUGUAUAUCUCUCUCCCUCUAUGUCUGCCAACUUAAAGAUGUGGUUGAGAAUUGCACCCUUGUAGUAUAUACAGGAGACCUUGGGUCUCCUAUUGUGUGUAGCAAAGCUGUGUAUCAGUGAAUUGUUUACAAUACAAGCAAUAUUGUACUCAAGUUGUGUAUUAGUGAUGUAAUAGCAUUAUUUGCUUCUUAGAUUCAA